CUGCUGUGACCGGGUCGGUUGGGUCUGGAUCUGCAGAGGCUGUCAGUGGCUGCGGAGGGCGGCGGCGUUUCCGUUGCGCGUGCUGUUUUCUCUACUCACUCUUGUAGGAAGAAAAGUGGUGUCUUGGGCGGAUAAGAAGCCUUACCAUAAAAUCUGUUAACUUUAUUCGCAGGGCCUGUGCGAAGAUGGGAGAGAAUGGAAGUAUAGUGCUUAGUUAGUUUUUCCAAGGGUCUACUGAAUGUAGGAUGUGGCCACAAAACCUACCUCCUGUAUUUCUCUCUUUUCCUCAUGAGUUGCAUGAUUGCAGAUGUGAACAUGAUGUCUGCAGACUACGUUGAAAAACUCUGAAGAACCGAAUUAACACAGGAUGACCCGGCAGUGAUUUGAAGUCUAUAACAAGAUCUUGUUCAGUGGUGGAUUUGCUGGUCUUGGCUCUGAAUGCUGCAGAUAAUAGCAGCAAGCCAGCUGUCUCCUUUGUUUCUGGAGAAUCUCUUGACUUUCCAUCAAGACUGCUUUUUCUGAUCUGCUUUGGGAGAUAUUAAUGGAACAUAGUCAUGUCCACUCAAGACGAGAGGCAGAUCAAUACUGAAUAUGCUGUGUCCCUGUUGGAACAGUUGAAACUGUUUUAUGAACAGCAGUUGUUUACUGACAUAGUAUUAAUUGUUGAGGGUACUGAAUUUCCUUCUCAUAAGAUGGUUCUUGCAACAUGUAGCUCUUAUUUCAGGGCCAUGUUCAUGAGUGGACUAAGCGAGAGCAAGCAGACACACGUGCACCUGAGGAGCGUGGAUGCCGCCACCUUGCAGACAAUAAUCACAUAUGCGUACACGGGGAACUUGGCAGUGAGCGACAGCACCGUGGAGCAGCUGUACGAAACAGCUUGCUUCCUGCAGGUAGAAGAUGUGUUACAACGUUGUCGAGAAUAUUUGAUUAAAAAAAUAAAUGCAGAAAAUUGUGUGCGACUGUUGAGUUUUGCUGAUCUCUUCAGUUGUGAAGAAUUAAAACAAAGUGCUAAAAGAAUGGUGGAGCACAAGUUCACUGCUGUCUAUCGCCAGGAAGCGUUCAUGCAAUUGUCACAUGACCUACUGGUAGACAUUCUCAGUAGUGACAAUUUAAAUGUAGAAAAGGAAGAAACAGUUCGAGAAGCUGCUAUGCUGUGGCUGGAGUACAACACAGAAUCACGCUCUCAGUAUUUGUCUUCAGUUCUUAGCCAAAUCCGAAUUGAUGCACUUUCAGAAGUAACACAGAGGGCUUGGUUUCAAGGUCUGCCGCCCAAUGAUAAGUCUGUGGUAGUUCAAGGUCUUUAUAAGUCCAUGCCCAAGUUUUUCAAGCCAAGACUUGGAAUGACUAAAGAGGAGAUGAUGAUUUUCAUUGAAGCAUCUUCAGAAAACCCUUGUAGUCUCUACUCGUCUGUCUGUUACAGUCCCCAAGCAGAAAAAGUUUACAAGCUUUGCAGCCCACCGGCUGAUCUGCAUAAGGUUGGAACAGUUGUAACCCCUGACAAUGACAUCUACAUAGCAGGGGGCCAGGUUCCUCUGAAAAACACAAAAACAAACCACAGCAAAACAAGUAAACUUCAGACUGCCUUCAGAACUGUGAAUUGCUUUUACUGGUUUGAUGCACAGCAGAAUACCUGGUUUCCAAAGACGCCAAUGCUUUUCGUCCGCGUAAAGCCAUCUCUGGUUUGCUGUGAAGGCUAUAUCUAUGCGAUUGGAGGGGACAGUGUAGGCGGGGAACUUAAUCGGAGGACUGUGGAGAGGUACGACACUGAGAAGGAUGAGUGGACCAUGGUCAGCCCUUUGCCUUGUGCUUGGCAGUGGAGUGCAGCAGUUGUGGUCCACGACUGUAUCUACGUGAUGACACUGAACCUCAUGUACUGUUACUUUCCGAGGUCUGACUCCUGGGUGGAAAUGGCCAUGAGGCAGACUAGCAGAUCCUUUGCUUCAGCUGCAGCUUUUGGUGAUAAGAUUUUUUACAUUGGAGGGCUACAUAUUGCUGCCAGUUCUGGCAUAAGACUGCCCUCUGGCACUGUAGAUGGGUCCUCGGUAACUGUGGAAAUUUAUGAUGUGAAUAAAAACGAGUGGAAAGUGGCAGCCAGCAUCCCUGCUAAGAGGUACUCUGACCCUUGUGUUAGAGCUGUUGUGAUCUCCAAUUCUCUUUGUGUAUUUAUGCGAGAAACCCACUUAAAUGAGCGAGCUAAGUAUGUCACCUACCAGUAUGAUCUGGAACUUGACCGGUGGUCUCUGUGGCAGCACAUAUCUGAACGCGUUCUGUGGGACUUAGGGAGAGAGUUUCGAUGCACUGUGGGGAAGCUCUAUCCAUCCUGCCUUGAAGAAUCUCCGUGGAAACCACCAACUUACCUGUUUUCACCAGAUGGGACAGAGGAAUUUGAACUGGACGGAGAAAUGGUUGCCCUCCCACCUUUAUAGUUGGGAGUUCAGGGAGCUCACGCCUGAUGUAUGUGCUUUGUCAUUUCCUUUGCUAAACAAGAGGGUAUGAAAGGACUUAAUAUGAGUACAUAAAAUUCUAUCUUUGAUAAAUUUUAUUUUUAUGCCCUACUUAAUAUUUGUAUCAGUAUAAUAUAUAUCAUUGAGUCUUACAGGAAGAUAUGCUUCCAUAAUAUGAAAUAGGUUAUUUAGUAAUUGAGACACUUCUAUGUGUGUCAUGAGAACAUGAGAGUCUGGAUUAUCUAACAUUGCUAGCCCUGUGUAUGUACAGUUCAAAAAGUUCACUUAGAAAAGUAGUGUCCUGUUCCUAGUGUGGUACAUCCCAAAUCGUGCUGAGGUUAUUUUAGUGUAUGUAUUUCACUCCUGUGCUUCUGUUCUGAAGUUCUGGAAUAUAGUUGUUCCAGUGUAAUUAAUUCAGCUGCACUUAACACUAAUGUCCAUGUUGGUGUAGAAGAGUCCAGAUCCUAUGUUACAAUUGAGGAAGAUCUUCCAUAAUUUUAUGGUACCACACAGGGAAAGCUACGACUGCGGGAUCAGUCUAACUCUACUAUUAGGUACGUGUAUUCUCCACUUGAUCUUGGCCAAAAGGCCGAGAAGCGAUUGGUACGUGUAUUCUCUUUCCACUAACUUAUACUUGUCUUUCUAGAAUACAGGUUGUCCAGCCAACUGGUCAUUUACCAGGGGUGGACCUCGUGGUGCGGGUCCGUGGAGCUUUCAUCAGUAUGUCUCCACUUCUGUGUUACGUUAGCGUGGGCUCACGCAUAUACCUGCCUGCUGCUGAUGUAGUUCUCCAUCUUAGAGACGUAGAGUGGGUUAACCAGGUCAUCAUCUAAUUUAAUAACAAGCAUUACUGUAGAGUGAUUGUGUACAGGUAUCCGUUAGCUGUCAGAGUGUGUUUUUUUAACCUGAUGUGUGUGUGUUGCGGGGUAGGAUUAGGAAGAUGAACAGUUCAGGAAUUCCCUGCACUAGGUGUGCAGAAGAGCAGAUAAUAGCGCUGCUCUGGCAUUAAUCCCAGGAACCACUAGCAGUAGUGGGGCGUCGCCAGUCUAACAUGAGCACAGGUGCUUCAUGACAAACAUUACUAGCAUGUUCAACUCCAUAAUGUUCUGGUACUGUAUUUUGAUGACAUUAAUUUAUUAAAUAAAUUGUAUAUAUUCAGUACUUGUUUUUCUUCUGUUAUGGGAAUGGCAUAUCUGCUUUUAGUUUGGAUUUUACUGUAUCGGUGUUGCGGUUAUAGGUGGUUUCUUAAAAA